UUCCACCCCUUGUUUAUGUAGCUAUUGGGUAAUCGCCUCUGAAGCUCGGUGCCCUCUUACCAACCAAAGGUGUCGGGCACCAGUCAGGGUAAAGACCGCUUUUGCCUUUUCUCUUCUUUCAUGGCGGUCACUAAGCAGCUCUGGAUUCGAAUCGCUUACGCGGCGAUGGGCACUUUAUUCGGGGUGUCAGCUUUCUUGGCCUGGAACGUGGCCUUUGGGCAGCCCUGGACUGCGGCCAUGGGGGGAUUAUCAGGUGUGCUGGCGCUCUGGACCCUCAUCACUCACAUCAUGUAUGUGCAAGAUUUCUGGAGAACGUGGCUUAAAGGGCUGAGAUUCUUUUUCUGUAUUGGAAUGCUCUUCUUGUUUCUGGCACUUGUGGCCUUCAUAGCAUUUCUUGCCAUCGCCAUAUCUUCACACCAGUCAAUAACCGACCCAAAGAGUUACUACUUGUCCUGUGUUUGGAGUUUCAUGUCCAUGAAAUGGGCCCUCCUGCUCAGCCUCUACUCGCAUCGAUACAGGAAGGAAUUUGCUGACAUUAGCAUUCUCAGUGACUUCUGACCAACAGACUUUUUUAUGAUUAAGAACAUAUGGAAGCAUUAGGGUUUUUUAUUUGUGUGUAUAUACAAAUACCAACUUCUUCUCUGCCAUUCAGCUAUUAUAUGGUUUGUGAAGUAAAACUACACGGAAACUGAAUGAACAUUGGAAGAACAUAGCUUUCAUAUCUCUGACUUUGUCAUCUCUUUAUACCCUUACUUUAUAUACUUUUUUUGUAAAGAAGUCAUUAUUGUUUUUUGUUUUUUUUAUCUUUUUCAUAUAGGUGGGUUUAAAUUGCCCUAAACUGCAUAAAUCGAACCUUGCUCUUUUGAAUUAAACACAGCUGGCACAGUCACUUUAUCUCUGGCCUAUCCAGGCAGAUAACAAUAUUUUCACUCGCAUAUUGCAAAAGGCAACAUGCAAUGUAUCUUUAGUUUUUUUUCUGCUCUACACCAGAAAAAAAAAUCUUAGAUUUGCUUUCUUUAAAUAUUUUUUAUUCAUCAAAGCAUUUAUUUCUGUUUUAUCUGUAUGAGUGUUUGCAUGUAUGUAUAAAUAUAUAAAUGUUUUUGUGUAUGUUAAUGUAUUCACACAAUAUAUAGUGCUCUAUUUUCAAAUUCUGACCCUUCUUGUGCCAGGACAACUUCACUAUGGGUUUUACAAAUGGGUUGUUGCAAUGAGUUAGCAAGAACUACUAGGGUUUCAUCCUUAGACCAUUUUUAUAAAUAUUUGCACUAGUAUAAAAUAUAAUAUUGCGUUUUAGUGGUGCAUCAGAAAUGUCACAGAAUAUUAUGGUGGGUUUGACCACGCUGAAGAUUAGAAUAUGACUGUUUUCAUUCCAACGUUUGAAAAUGUUGUGUUGCUGCUGUAUUAGAUAGGGCUGUAACACUUGGCUACAAAUGUUUAACAUAAUCCUGACAGGCAAGAGGAUAACAGUUGUGUAAUUAAAAUGCUAAUGCUACUCUUUCUAGCACACCAAAUGUUUAAAAUGACCCAAAAUGGUUUUUUUAUGAUUCAGAUAGAACAUUCCAAAUUUAAACAACUUUCCGUUAUGUAAUUUCCUUUGUUCUCUUGGUAUCCUUUGUUGAAGAGUAAAUUUAGGCUGAUAGGCGUGUGUACGUGUCUUUACCAGUAUAUGGCAGCAGUGUUUGCCACAAUGUUUUAUAGCAAUGUUAUACAUAGUUGCAAACGUUGCUAUCAGGUAUCUAGAAAUGCUCUUUAAAGGGACAUUGUACACUAGAUCUUUUUUUUUUUUUCUUUUCUUUUUUCAUAAAUGUUUUCUAUUUGAUCCAUUUAUAUAGCCCAUAUGGUAGUGUUUUUGAACAAUGUAUAGUUUUACUUAUUUUUUUAAUAACAUUGUGCUGAUUUUCAGACACUAACCAAGCCCCACAGAUGUAUACACACAUUUACAGACUCCUGCUGGCUCCUGUAUGGUAUCUGUCUUUUCAUAUGCAGGGAGGGGUCUGCUCAUAUUGUUUUCCCAGCCCCUUUCACUUGGUGUCUCAGCCUAACCUUAUCAACAGUGCUAAACUGGGAGCUUCUAAGAACAUUUUUAAAAGGUUUUAUGCUGAAUUUUUAGAUCAGUAUCUGUGCAUAUUCUUCUUUAUAGUAUUGUCUAUUGCGUGUAGUUAUAUGAAAAUUGGUGUAUACUGUCCCUUUAAGAAAGGCUACCAAGAGAACAAUGCUAAAUAGAUAAAAUAAAUAAAUUGGAAAUUUUAAUUAAAAAUGUUUGCUCUAUCCAAUCCGUUUGUUUAAAUUUUGACUUUACUGUUCCUCAAGCGGGGUAGGCUUGGGAGUGUGCAUGUAUCAUGAGCACUGUAUGACAGCAAAUUUAUCAAUAAUGCCUGUAACAUUAUUUAUUUAGUGUACUCUCCUGUUGUUGCCACAGUAUGUUUUCAUGGAAAGGAGCUACACUUCCACAAAGAUACUAUAAUGAAAAAGAAGUCAGUUUCUCUAUCUGAAUCGUAUUAUUUUUUUUAGCAUGCUGCUCGUUAAAAUGUAAAUGCUACUCUUCCUAGCACAACAAAUCCUAUCCCACAACUAUUCUUUUAUGAUUCAAAUAGAGCAUUCCAUAUAAAAAAAAGAACCUUUUCAAUUUACUUCUAUUAUCUAAUUUGCUUUGUUCCCUUCAUAUCCUUUGUUGAAAAGCAUACAUAGGUAGGCUCUGGAGCAGCUGUGGUCUAGCUGCUAAUUGAUGGAUGCACAUAUAAGCCUAUUGUCAUUGGUUCACCUGUGUUCAGCUAGCUCCCAGCAGUGCAUUUCUGCUCUAACGUAGGAUACCGAGCGAAAGAGAAUCAAGUUUGAUAAAAUAAAUAAAUUGAAAGUUGUGUAAAAUUGUAUGCUCUAUCUGAAUCAUGAAAGAGAAAAUUUGGGUUGAUGUCCUUUUAAUCAAAGUACCUGUAGUUGUAGACAUUUAAAAGUUCAAGUCACACAAUUUAGGUCACAGACCAUUGUUAAAGUAAUGUGUUUUCAGUAACACAUUUGAAUAUCCCCACAUAAAAAAUAUCUGAUUAUAAUUAAAGCACAAAACAUUAAUUUUAUUACGUUUUGUAUGUUUGCCUAAAUUUAUAAUUUUAGGUUCAGGCUUAUAUUAAAACAUAUUUGGAAGUA